AAAAGGAGAAAAGAUGGGGAAAAGGGUAAUUUGAAGUCGGUCCAAUUGUUGGCGAUCAUGAUCAAAACACCGGACUCCAUGGCUUCGCCUCGUACGAAUUUGGAGCUCCAACUCAGCGUCGGGCAACUCAAAUCCUCCUAAUUCCAACUUCUCUUCGAUUCCUUCAAUCGCCAAUUCCACUCUCUCCUCGUUGCCACAUUCAAGGUGCUUUGGCCAGUUGUUCUUUUGUUAUUCAGAUUUGCCCUUUAUGUGCCAUAGUGCCGCAUCUUUGUCAUGCACCACUCUCUGUUCCCUAUUCUUAACUCAAAGAAUGUAUGGGAACUAGGGCAAUGGCAUCUGGCAAGUUUGAUCCACCUUCUAGUAGCCCAGAUAGACCAUUGUACCCUGGGCAACGUGGAUCCCACUUAACUGCUUCAUUAGAUAGAUCAGGUAGCUUUCGGGAAAGCAUGGAAAAUUCAGCUCUGUCUUCUCUUCCUAACAUGUUAAGAAGCAGUUCUCCAGCAACACGUGGGGAAGUAGAGAACUUCUUCAAUUAUGUGCAUUUUGAUCCAAAGUACUUAACACUAGAUCAUAAGUCUAAUCGUCAAGUGGAAUAUAAGCGACAUGUCAAUGCUGCUCUUGGAAUUUCACCUGAUGAAUCUCCAUCUAGUUCUUCAAAAGGCAAGCUACUGCCAUCGCCAGUACCAGAAGACAUGAAACGACUCAAGGAUAUUUUGGGAGCAAGCAUAAUGAAGGCGAGGGAUCGUGUGAAAAUGUUUAGCGAAGCUUUAUCAGUAUUUCAUGAAGUUUUCCCAACUAUAACUUUAAAAAAAAGAUCUCGAGCUGAAAGUUUCUCUAAUGACCGAUCUAAUGUCAUGUCAAGUGAUCGCCCAGUCUUGGGGUCAAGCAUGGGUAAGGGUGGUGUUCAAGGUCAUCCUGUGACAGGUGGUUUUGAACUUGAGCAGCAAAAGUCAGAAGAACGAACCAAAAAUGUUGUUCCAAACAAGCGUACUCGCACUUCUAUGGUUGAUGUUAGGAUGGAUGUGCGGACUAAUUCUCUUGUCAGGCCAUCAGGCACAGUUGACAGAGACAAGGAAAAGUCACGGAUUACCAGCAAUGGUGCAGUUCAGAGUGAAGAACGCGCCUUACCUAUUGUUGGUGAUGGUUGGGAAAAGACAAAAAUGAAGAAGAAGCGUUCCUGCAUCAAACUAGAUGGUUCUCCAAGUACAACAUUGACUAAACCUGUUAACACCUUCCAAGAAACUAAACAGGGAAUGCAACAAAGACUUGUUACUGAUUCUCGGUCAAAAUUGAGUAAUGAUUCUCAUUCUUUUAGGCCGGGAGUUUCCAAUGGAACUGUUGGGGCUGGAAAAUCAGAUGGUAUCUCUCAACAAGCUGGGUUGGGCAUACGAGCCUCUACCCCCAGAAACAACCAAGAUAACAAUUCCCCUGUCAAUGAUAGGCGAGGUCGCCCUGUUGGUUCAGACAAGGAAAGGGUGAAUUUCAGAGCUGUAAACAAGGCAACUGCACGUGAUGAGUUUAAUACAGCCAGUCCUACUGCUAGUGCAAAAAUGAAUACCGCUAUUCGGGCUCCACGAUCUGGUUCUGGAGUUGCCCCCAAGUUGUCACCAGUUGUCCAUAGAGCAGCUGUUCCUAACGAUUGGGAACUCUCUCACUGUGCUACGAAGCCACCUGCUGCUGCUAACAAUCGCAAGCGUGUGGCUUCUGCAAGGUCAUCUUCCCCACCUGUUGUACCCUGGCAGAGGCCACAAAAGAGCUCUCGCACUGCCAGAAGAACAAAUUUCAUGUCUAUUGUUUCAAAUAAUGAUGAGGCUCCAGCUUUGGAUACUGCAUCUGAUGUGGCUGGUAAUGAUCUGGGGUUAGGAUUUUCCAGACGCUUGGCUGGCAGUUCUACCCAGCAAAUUAAAUUAAAAGCUGAUCCUUCAUCUUCAGCUGCCUUAUCUGAAAGUGAAGAGUCAGGGGUGGCUGACACUAAACCAAAAGAAAAGGGUAGGAAGCCGGAAGAGAUAGAUCAGAAAUCUGGACAAAAUGUUCAAAAGGUGUCUAACUUGGUAUUACCGACUAGAAAGAAUAAGCUUGUUUCUGAAGAACAUGGAGAUGGUGUUAGGAGGCAAGGGAGGACUGGACGCAGUCUUACUGCCACAAGGUCACUAAUGCCAAUGACAUCUGAGAAGCUUGGGAAUAUUGGAACUGCAAAGCAGCUUAGAAGUGCAAGACUAUCUGAUAAGAAUGAAAGCAAGGCAGGUCGUCCACCAUCCAGGAAACUUUCUGAUCGCAAGGCCUAUGCACGACAAAAGCCUACUAUUAAUGCAGCCACAGAUUUUUUUGUUGGGUCAGAAGAUGGACAUGAAGAGCUGCUGGCUGCUGUAAAGGGUCUUAUCAACUCUGCUCAUACUUUUUCCAGCCCCUUCUGGAGGCAGAUGGAGCCUUUCUUCAGUUUGAUAACUGAGGAGGAUAUUUCUUACUGGAAGCAAAAGAUAAAUCUUGAAUCAAGCACGUCGAUGCCAACUCCCAUUCCUUCAAAUAUAGAUGGCUGCGAAAUUGUCAAUGGAUAUGGGUUGACGGCCUGUGAAAGAGAUUCUGGAUCUGAUGCUCAAUGGAAUGCUGGAGUUAUUUCAGGACAGUUGCAACUAUCUAAGGGAGAUCAUAAUAUGAUUCCUCUGUGUCAUAGGCUUAUAGCUGCUUUAAUCUCAGAGGAGGAGUGUAGUGGUGGAAGUGAACAAUUCAAGUUUGGUGCUUUCGAUCCUGAAUUUGACCCUGACGGGCAAUCGGAAUUGAGUGGUUUGGAUUACCACUCGGGAACCAAUUUUCAGUUUGCUUGUCAUUCUGCUUCUAAUGGUUAUAGGAUUAUAGACAAGCCAGAACAUGAUGUAACUCAUAGUGAUAUCAUUGGUAUUCCUCCAACUGGGUUGAAUUCAAGCUUUGGUAAAUCUAUAAAUGGUUUUCUCCACGAUAAAGCAUCAAUGUCUAGCUUUACCGGUUCAGAGAUGCAAUAUGAUAGUUUGGAUAUAAAUGAUAAGAUUCUCUUGGAGCUUAAAAGCAUUGGAAUUGCCCCAGUUCCUGAGCCUGAUAUGUUGCAAACAGAUGACGAGGGAAUAUUGGAGGAUAUUACUAAGUUGGAGGAGCUUUACCAAGGGCAGAUUUCAAAGAAGAAAAGCUUGCUAGAUGGAUUGUUCAGAGUUGCCUCAGUGGAUAAAGAACUUCAAGAAAACAGGGAUUUUGAGCAACGUGCUCUAGAUAAACUUGUAGUGAUGGCUUAUGAGAAGUACAUGGCUAGUUGGGGCCCUAGUCCCUCUGGUGGGAAAAAUACGAGCAACAAAAUGGCCAAGCAAGCUGCAUUGGGAUUUGUCAAACGAACAUUGGAGCGAUGCCAUCAAUUUGAAGAAACUGGCAAGAGCUGCUUCAGUGAUCCUUUAUUCAAGGAUAUGUUCCUUGCUGAAUCUUCGAAACCGCAUCUUUCUUCCCUUUCCGUUGAAGCAAGAACAGCUUCUAUGGGUUCACAACAGAGUCCAUCGCAGUUUAGUCAGAAUAUGGAUAAUCAUGACCUCCAUUCAUCAGAUAUGCUUCCUGCCUUAAAUCAUUCAUCUGACCAAACUAGUGGGAAGGAAGAUCUCUGGUCAAACAGAGUGAAGAAGAGGGAAUUGUCCCUUGAUGAUGUUGGUGGUACUCCUGGUCUUUCUAGUGCUUCAGGCAUUGGAAGUUCUGUAACAAGCAGUGCAAAAGGAAAGAGGAGUGAGAGAGAUAGAGAUGGAAAGGGGCACAGCCGGGAGGUACUAUCCAGAAAUGGAACCACAAAAGUUGGUAGGCCAGCAUCAUCCAGUGCUAAGGGUGAUAGAAAAUCCAAAACGAAGCCUAAGCAGAAAGCGAGUCAGAAUUCAGUUUCUGUGAAUGGCCUCCUUGGGAAGUUAUCAGAACAACCAAAACCAGCAUUAUCUUCUACUCCAAAGUCUAAUGAAAUGCCUACAACUAGCAAUACGAAGGAAAAGGAUGAGUUUGGCUUGGGUGGAUUGGAUGAUCACGAGCCUAUUGAUUUGUCCAACCUGCAACUACCUGGAAUGGAUGUACUCGGUGUUGGUGAUGACCAAGGUCAGGAUCUUGGUUCAUGGUUGAAUAUUGAUGAUGAUGGAUUACAAGAUCAUGAUGACUUUAUGGGCGGCCUUGAAAUUCCAAUGGACGAUCUCUCGGACUUGAAUAUGAUAGUUUGAAGCUGCCUUUUUUGUAUAGUCCUGUUUAGUAUACCAAUAACAAAAGCAAACAGUACGUUCAAGAAAUGACUAGUUACAUAGGAUGGUCUUAUGGCUAAUCCCAUCCACAAUUAGGUUAUAUAGAUUCUUUGGUAGACUAUGCCCUCCAAGUUGUUUUUGAGUGACCUUUCCAGCUGUUUCGGAUUUUGCUCGUGUUAAAGUUCAUGACUUCCACUGUAAAGAUCUUUUUGUUCUAAGGUACAAGUUAGCAUUCCUGGUAAUUAUAUCUUAGCCAACACUUCCUGGUUGUAGCUCUUACAAAUCAGAGAACAAGACCUCAUGUACAUACAUUUAAUAUUUCUAAUAAAAUCAGCUUUUCAUUUGCUGAAAUUACACCCGGCUGGCCACCCUCAUGGUCUCCCUUCUCUCUCCCCGUUUCUUUGGUUUUCUUUUGGAGUUUUGCUUUUGCAGGUACAUAUUCAAUGUGAUGUACGAGCGGUCUGCGGCUGUAGCUUCAUCCAGGUAUCAUCCACGUUAUUGUACGAGAUAUUCUUGGAAAAACUGAUACUGAUGCUUAUGUGAUCAACUGAUUGUUGUCUACGUUGCACCAGAUAAUCCAGUUGCUGUGUUUAUUUGGGUAUAUGGGGCAGAUUCUGGGAAUAGCAUCGCUCAUUCUCUCGUCUCCAAUUAAGGUUUGGAAGUGAAUAGGGACUAAACAUUUUUCCUGAUAUUAUAGUCGUUCUAGUUGAUUUUGACUUCUGAGAUUCUGUAGAUGGAUGAAUUACAACCUUUGUAGAUUGAAGGGAGAUCUUCUGGAGUAUUUCUAAUAUUCUUCACAGGAUUCACCAUUGUUACAAAUUAACCAAUAUGCAAGGGAAUUUUCUUCCCUGAUGAAAGUGGACUGCAGUUCCUUGUAUGCUUGGAGGUAAGCUUUGAAUCCUUGCUGGCCCUCCUAACUUAACAGCUUCCUAUUUAAGUUUUGGUUAGUAUAUUGUUGAAGAGACUAUGCUAUGUCAUUGUAGUAAAAUUGCAGUGGGACAUCAAACGCUCUAGUAAUUUGGUUACACCAUCCAUUGAUUUGUAGCAUGUGGCACACAUGGACUAUCUUCUUCCUUGAGCCUGACUUCCUCUAUGUAAUUAUAUAUUAUAUAUUGCUGAACCAGGGUUUUCCUUUAUAUUGGGACUUGAUGUCAAUUUGGAAUUGUGUUUUGAAUGCGCAGUUUUAACCCCAUAAACAAAUCAACAAUUUAGUUUUUAAUUCUUACAUGUCUGUCUGCUUCAAAAUUAGGAAUACUGCUACAAAAAAAUAAAUGUUGGUAGGUUACAUUCAACGGAAAAGCUUAGUGAGAGUAAAAUUCUGUCAAACAAGCUUCGUAAAUCGGGAUUAAUGUAGAACAGACAUACACAUUGUAGUUGUGAAGUUCGCUUCAAUCCUCUACGGAUGCCUGCUGAUAUCUGUAGAUUAGCUUUCAGACUAUUAUGUUGAACAGUGUAUUCUGAUGAAUCCAAUUUGUCUUCAUGGAUGUAAAAAAGUAGCUCGAAAUUACACAUACUAAUGAUUUAAUAAACCCUUUUUG